ACAGCAUGCUCUCUUUCAUUCUUCCCAUAGUUCACCAGACACCACCAUGCCUGUGGAUUUCAGUGGGACGUGGGUUCUGGAGUCAAAUGACAACUUUGAGGAUUACAUGAAAAUACUCAACAUCGAUUUGGUCACACGGAAGGUUGCAGUCCAAUUGUCUCAAACCAAGGUUAUUAUCCAGGAUGAAAACAAGCUUACAAUAAAGACACUCAGCACCUUCAGGAACUACGAGAUAAGCUUAACAAUUGGGGAGGAGUUUGACGAGUGUACUAAGGGACUUGACAACAGAAAGCUAAAGACUUUGGUCAGCUGGGAGGGUGACACGUUGGUGUGCACACAAAAGGGAGAAAAGGCUAACCGUGGAUGGAAGCACUGGAUAGAGGGAGAUAAACUACACAUGGAGCUGUAUUGUGAAGAUGUUGUUUGCCGUCAAGUGUUCAUCAGAAAGAAAUAGUGCCUACAUUAUGGUCACUAAAAAAAUAAUAAAGUCUCUAUUAGGUGUAAUGCCAGUCAUCUAUUACUGAUGGGAGGCGAUAUUUCAGUUUCAAUGCCCAAUUGUUUCACAUGGUUUGUUCUGACAAUUGGUAACAAAAUUGUGAACAAAGAACCUUGUUUGCAAGUUAAAAUAAAUAAAUAAAUUAUAAACUGA